AUGAAUUCAUCAGGGAACUACGAAUCGUCAAUUUUGGAAAAGGGUAUUGAGAUUGGAGCAGGUAAUUGCCCUAGUCAGUGUAAUUUAAAGUAAAUUAAAAUUUUGUAUUUAUUAGGUAUAGGUAUAUGCACUGCCUCAUUUUUUUAUAAAAAUAUGUACUUAUUAUAUUAUGAUUUGCAGAGUGUACCCUAUUGAAGCCCUUAUUCUGCCCUCCUAUUUCUAUUUUCACUGAAUGAUAAUAUAUGCAGCCUGGCUAGUAAUAUGCUUGUCUUUGAGAAACAUUGCAAGGUCAGCAAAACAAGUCGUAGUCACCAAAUGUUUAACAGGUAGGCCUGGGCAAAGCUGCUGGCAGAAAAACAAAAAAAAUGUACGUAUAAUACGUAUUGAGUACAUAUACUUCCCAUGUAACUUAACAGUGAUUGAGGUCUUCAAUGAAAUUAUGCAACAAACAGCAGCAUAAUUUCUGAACAUCUAUUUCUAUGCUGCUGGUACAACAAUUAGCGCUGGUGACUUGUUAUACUACCAAGCACUAAAAGAACAACAUGAGCCAUUACAACAAACAACAGUUAUUACAAAGUAAGUAUAAGGAUAUGGAUUUAAGUAAAUUGACAAUCUUAUCGACAUUCAUGGCUUAAUUCCAAAAUACAGUAAGCAAGCAGUUCCCAGAAAGAGGUUUGGCACUGGCGUUACAGGGUGUGGCUUUGCUAGUAACGAGACAAAGAAGAAAACUGCACAGAAUGAAUACACUUGUUGUGAUACAAAAUGUUGAAGUUAGAAUUAGUCAUGCAUCCCCUCACUUAAAAACAUUCACAAUGUUCUUAUAACUACAACAGUGUUUUGUAUUCUUUUCUAGACCAAAAUGGAUUUCAGUUCAGGGAACAACAUUUAAAUGUGGAUGUGUUCUUUGGAUUGAAAAUGAUGAAGAAGAAAUGCCAGUAUUUGCCUUGUUAAAAGAAAUAUGCAUGGUCCAGCAAAAUGUGCAUAAUGUAUGGUUCGUCCCUGAAGGCCUCCUGACAGCCACAUUCAACAGACACAUUAAUGAUUAUGAAGUAAAUGAGACAAAUGGCACAUUGCUAGUCAAGCAACAACAUCUUCCAUACAGCAUGCCAAUCUACAUUUAA